GUCGCCCCGCUGCCACAUCGCCAUCAUCCCGUCCCAAGCUUGUCACUAGCUCGGCGCGUUGCCUGCUGACCUUGUUGUGCCUUGGAGCCACUCGAGCGCUCGACCCCGUCGCCGAGCCGUCCACCGUAGAAUUAAGCUAGCGCAGGCCCGGGCAUGGCGAUGACGACCGCCGCCGCCGCCGCCGCCGCCACCACCACCUUGGAGGACCUCCCCGCCGACGUGCUGGCCUGCGCGCUGCGCCGCCUCGACGGCCGCUCCCUGGCCGCCGCCAGCUGCGCCACCGCGGGGCUCCGGGCGCUCGCCGCCGACCCGGACACGUGGCGCGCGCUCUGCCUCGCGCGCUGGUCCUCCCUGCUGCAGCUGCAAGCCCGCCUCGGCCUCCUCCUCGACUCGCAGCGCCUCUUCGCCGACGCCUUCCCGUUCCCCUCCCUACUGGCGGACAACCUCGCGGGAGCCGAGGCGCCUGGUGACGCGCUCCAGCGGCGGCUCCCCGCCGAGCUCGUCUCGGCCGUGGACGUCUACCACCGCGGCGCGGCGCUGCUCUCCCGCGCCGUGGAGACCCCCGCGUCGUCGUCCUGGUUCCUCAGCUCGCCGUUCCGCGUCGACGCCGUGGAGUGCGGGAGGAGCCCCGCCGCGCCCGCCGGCGGCGCCCGCGGCGUGCCCCCCGCGGAGCUCGAGCUCAGCUGGGUCGUGGUCGACCCCCGCGCCGGCCGCGCGGUCAACGUGUCCAGCCGCCGCCCCGUGGCCGUCGACAGGCACUGGUACACGGGCGAGGCGCUGGUGCGCUACGCGGUGGUGCUUGGCGGCUGCAAGCUCGAGGCCACCGUCACCUGCGCCGAGGACGCCGGGAGCAUCAGGGAGAUCAGCCUGGCGGCCGAGGACGCCGACGGCGCGGCCCUCAGCGGCGAGGGCGCCCUGCGGCUCCUCGCGGCGGCGAUGGCGGGGCCCAGGAAGGGAGGGGAGGACCAGGAGGAGGCGGCCAAGCGGGGGUACGAGGAGUUCGUGAGGAGCAAGAGGGGCAGGAAGGAGUCCAAGGCCAGGAAGGAGGUGCUCGUCGACCUCUGCUGCUCCGCCGUCAGCGCCGUCGCCGUUCUCAGCUUCAUCGCCGCCGUCGUGCUCCGGUAGUCGUAGAGCCCCUGUUCCGGCCGAUCCAUCAUCAUCUCAUCGAUCAGCAUCGACGAGUCCUUAAGAUGUACAUGCUGCAUACAUCUGGGAGAGUAUAGUGCAAGAGUUCAUUUUCUUUCCAUUUGGCUAUAAUUUAGUACUAGGCACUAAAGUAAGUCAUACAUGAUACAUGUAUGGGAAAUUUUUUAGAGUUUUAUAUGGGAAAUUUUUAAGUGAAGAAAAAGAGAGAGAAAGACACAUGACUCUCACGGAACUAAAUUGAUUCCUGUGAGAUUUCUGUAAAAUUCCUAUGAAAUCUCGAUCAAUAUUUGUUCCAAA